UUUGCGUGGUAAAGGCGCGCGCCGGGGAAGGUUUUGCCGGCAGUCGCAGGCGCGGCGUGCAGCGUCUUCGUACUGCGCCGGCCCCCGCGCACGGAGACCCUUUCUGCAGCCCGGCCCGGCCUGAGGGCUCGCGGCGAAGAGAGCGGAUACGCUGUCGUCCGCGUGCGAGCUGGAGGCAGGAUUCACAGAUGGAGUCAGUGGAAAAGACGACAAAUAAAAGUGAACAAAAAUCAAGAAAGUUUUUAAAAAGCCUUGUCCGGAAGCAGCCCCAGGAGCUGCUGCUGGUCAUUGGGACUGGUGUCAGCGCAGCAGUGGCCCCGGGCAUCCCUGCCCUAUGCUCGUGGCGCAGCUGCAUCGAGGCCGUUAUCGAGGCUGCAGAGCAACUGGAGGUGCUGCACCCUGGGGAUGUCGCCGAGUUCCGGAGAAAGGUGAUGAAGGACCGGGACCUGCUGGUUGUGGCCCAUGAUUUGAUCCGGAAGAUGUCACCUCGCACAGGCGACACCAAGCCCACCUUCUUCCAGGACUGCCUGAUGGAGGUGUUUGACAGCCUAGAGCAGCACAUCCAGAACCCACUGGUGCUGCAGUCCAUUCUCAGCCUCAUGGACAGGGGCACCAUGGUGCUCACCACCAACUACGACAACCUGCUGGAGCUCUUCGGGCAGCAGCAGAACAGGCCCAUGGAGUCACUGGACCUGAAGGACAAGACAAAGGUCCUCCAGUGGGCGAGAGGCCACAUCAAGUAUGGAGUUCUCCACAUCCAUGGCUUAUACACUGAUCCCUGCGGGAUGGUGCUAGACCCAUCAGGAUACAAAGACGUCACUCAGGAUCCGGAAGUCAUGGAAGUCCUGCAGAACCUGUACUGCACCAAGUCCUUUCUGUUUGUGGGCUGUGGAGAGACCCUUCGAGACCAGAUAUUCCAGGCCCUCUUUCUUUACUCGGUGCCGAACAAGGUGGACUUGGAGCACUACAUGGUGGUGCUCAAGGACAACGAGGACCACUUCUACAAGCACCAGGCAGACAUGCUUUUGCACGGGAUUAAAGUUGUGUCCUACGGGAACCACUUUGACCUCUUUCCGGGAUAUGUGCAAGACCUCGCCACUCAGAUCUGCAAGCAGCACAGUCCUGAUGCCGAGCGAGUGGACAGCACCACAUUACUGGGAAAUGCAUGUCAGGACUGUGCGAAGAGGAGGAUGGAAAAGAAUGGAAUGGAAGCUCCCAAAAAACUCAGACAACCAGAUACAGACAAUGCUGGAGGGUCUUGAGAUCUUUAAGACCAGUUAAAACCUGCAGCUUGAGAACCAGCCUUCUGUAACCAGUGCCAUGCCUAAGCAGUGAGGAGCAUUCCAAGGCCUGCACCCAGAUCGAGUCCUAAGCCGUCACGUGCCUCCAGAGCCACAUGGAUGCGUGGCCUUCAAGGCUGGGUGUAGAGCUGUGUGCUUAGCUGCUGGGAGGUGACAUGGACACACUUCAGGUACACUCUAAGGACUGAUGAAUGGCUACCUCAGGGACCAACUUGUGGGAAGGGAUGUACCUGACAUCCAGUUCCCGUUUGAUCUGCUGUCUGCAUCAGGAUGGUGUUUUUGCUGAUAUAGGGGAGAGUAAAGAUCAUCCAAGCAACAGUUGUUGCCAAAGAGAAAGGAAGAACUGCACAGACACCUCUAUUUGACAAGUUUCCAUGUGGAAAGAUGUUACUACAGAAAGCAUCUUAAACAUGUUUGUUACAUUGGUAAUAGUAAAGAGGCACUGAAUCUGUUGAAAAUGGUUUUUAGCAGAAUGACACAAUCAGUAGGGCCCUGGAGUCACAUCGUCUCGUACCACUGCUCCAGGGGAGGGCAGGCCUGGGAUUGCUAAGGAGCCUGAGUGCAGAGCCAGGGCCUCUGCGGCAGCUGUCAGUGCUGUGCACUCCCACUGUGGAGCUGAGGCUGGGGAGGUGCAAGUGGGCACAGACAAGGUUUUAGAUUUAGAUUGUAGAUUCUGAGCUUUCUGAGUCUUCAUUUUUUGGGGCAAGGUCCCACCUUUUUGUUCUUCUCUCAACUUCUCUCCCUUCUCUUCCUCAAGCCAAGGGGAUUUGCACAGAGCAAGGUAGGCAAGCCUUGUAAAGGGCCCGCCAUGCUUGAGGCAUCUUCAGGGCUCACCCUGGGGAGGCAGCUGUGCUGGGUGCUGCGGUUACGCAGGGAGGCCCCUGCUGGAGACCAGGCGGAGGCUCACAUGGCACGCACACAGCAGGGCAUUAAAGUGAAGCCUCUCUCGAAGUAAGCAAGCCCUACACAGGUUCUGUUGUCUGCUCAUCUUCCCUGGCACACUCCCAGAGAUGGCAUGGUUGUUCCCACGGCCACCGGGAAAAUGAAGAACAAGAAAUGGGAGGUUGGGCCGUACAGAGGUGAGAGAAGCCAGAGACAAACCGGAGACCUUUCUCCCUCCUUCCCCUUUUGAAGCAUGGAAAGAAAUCUGUGUCACUCUGGUCAUAAAUACAAUUUUAAUGGAAACCC